AUGUCUAUGAUAGGAGUGGUGCAGGCCGGAGGCUGGUUUGCUUAUUUACAAGCAGCUGGCGUUUACGGUGUUGGAACAACGGGUAAAAUGAUAUUGGCUUCGACUGUUGCGCCAUUGUGUGCAGCUAUAUGUGGAAGUUCAGAGGAAAGACAAGAUUUAAAAUGUUACACCCACAGAAUUAAUGGAAUGAAGGGCUUGGAUGAAUAUCUGAUACGAGCAGAACAAGUAAAGAAUAUUAAGCAGUGUGAAGAUCAAUGCAACGAUGAUGCAGCUUGCAGGGCUAUUCGAUAUCUUCCAAGAAAUAGCUUUUGCUUUUUAUACAAACUACAACAAUAUAUUGAAGACGAUAUUAGUGAAAGCCAAUUUUAUGUAAAACGUUGUAUUCUAUGUUACAUGAACCAAACGAAAAAUGCCAAAGGACGUGAUGAUGAAAUUCAAACAGUUUGGGACGCAUCUUCUCUCAAGGAAUGUGAGAUUCGAUGUAUUAAAACUGACGACUGCGGUGUUGUUUAUUUUGAUGGGCUAAGAUGUUUCAAAUUUAACACCAAAACAGAACCAAAGGAGAAUACAGGCACUGACUUUUCAUCAAAGAUAUGUGAAGAGUUCAGCGAUAUAGCACUUUAA